GAAGGAACAUAUAGGCCUGCGGGAGAUGCACUCACCUGUUCCAAAGGAUAGAUGUCGCACCAGAGCCCCCUCUCCUUCUCCAAAUGAGUUAUCUGAAUUUCAAGUUGCAAGACAAACAACUGUGCAAGCUUGAGGAGGAGACUGCCAGCUCUGUUUUGGAGUAAACUGAGAGCAGUGGGAAGAAAGAGAAAAAGAGAGGGGACACACACAAACAUCUCUCCUCAGAGCACAGGUGGAAAAAAAGGGCAACUGUUGGUUUUUGAAGAACAAACUUUGAACCAUGUGUGUCUUCUGAUUCAGCAAAGACUCUCUGUGUGGGGGAGCAGCUGCCGAAGCGCUGAAGUUGUCCUUCCCUCUCUAGAAUACAGGAGUGACAGAACGGGAGGUUUGGGCAGAAAGCAUCAGCUUCUAGGACUACAACCAGCAGUUGUUGCUGCCGCUGCUGCUGCUGCUGCUGAUUCAGUCCGCUGAGCCAACGCUGCUGACUGCAAGAGGAGCCAGUAUUUCCCUUCCAAAGAGAGAAAAAGAUCUAAGCAAUGAUGAAGACUAUGUCCAGUGGGAACUGCACCUUGAACGUGCCAGCCAAAAACUCCUACCGCAUGGUUGUUCUUGGAGCCUCCAGGGUGGGCAAGAGCUCCAUUGUCUCGCGGUUUCUCAAUGGCCGCUUUGAGGACCAGUACACACCCACGAUUGAGGAUUUCCAUCGCAAAGUCUACAACAUCCGGGGUGAUAUGUAUCAGCUAGACAUCUUGGACACAUCUGGGAACCAUCCGUUCCCUGCCAUGAGGAGACUUUCCAUACUCACAGGAGACGUUUUCAUCUUAGUGUUCAGUUUGGAUAGCAGAGAGUCCUUUGAUGAGGUCAAGAGGCUCCAGCAGCAGAUCCUUGAAGUCAAAUCCUGCCUGAAGAAUAAGACCAAGGAAACAGGUGACCUACCCAUGGUGAUCUGUGGCAACAAAAACGAUCAUGGUGAACUCUACCGCAAAGUUCGCUCUGAGGAAGCUGAGAAGCUGGUCUCUAGCGAUGAGAACUGUGCUUACUUUGAAGUCUCGGCCAAGAAGAACACCAACGUCAACGAGAUGUUCUACGUUCUUUUCAGCAUGGCCAAGCUGCCCCACGAGAUGAGUCCCGCCCUUCACAGGAAGAUCUCUGUCCAGUAUGGGGACACCUUCCACCAAAAAUCCUUCAGGAUGCACAGGGUCAAAGAGACAGAUGCCUAUGGCAUGAUCUCCCCCUUUGCUCGCCGACCCAGUGUCAAUAGUGACCUGAAAUACAUCAAAUCCAAAGUCCUCAGAGAAGGGCAAACGAGAGAAAGAGAGAAAUGCACUAUCCAGUGAAGAAAGCUCUGCCAAGAUGGAGUCUACACACUACGUGCAGUGCCUUAAAGAAAAUGGCUGGCGGGAGCAAGUUCCUAAUGGACUUGGGAACUACAGGUGAUGACAGUAGCAAGCACUCAUGAGAGGAGUGCUUGAAACCACUUCAUCAAAAGUACCGCACCAUUUGUGUAAAGAAGUAACUUAAAGGGAAAUAUUGUAAAUACUUGAAGCUGCCUGGCAGGUGACUGCCAUGCCCAGCACCUGUGACUUGUUCCUUCUUCUUUUUAAAAACUACUUUUCUAUUUGGUGUUCUCUUCUUUGGAUAAACGGGGCGUGUGAAGAAAGCUGGAGCUCAGCGUCAUACAAGGAGUUAGUGCAGGAUGGGUCUGGCCUGCCCCAUGUAGGAGUGCUGAGUUCUCAUCAAGCAGUAGGCAACCUUUGCUGAGGAGAUGAAUGUGUGCCAUCUUUUUCCUCCAGGCCUCUUCAGAAAUAAGACCCAUGAGUCAGUGUCCUGUCUUGGUUCUGUGGUGACUUCCAAGACAACUGUAUAUAUAAAAGGCAGGCAUGGAUCUCUGGAUUUGUCAGUCGGAAGAAUGUUUGAACAUUUGGAAGUUGUGGGGAGAAAUGCACUUUUUUGUGGCAGUGGCAAUUCUUCAUAGUGUCAAUGCAAAUGUCGCUUUUGUAUUGGAGCUUUAACUUGGUUUUUGUUUCUCAAGCAACAGCCAGAUGGCAGAUUGUCUGUUUUAACUGAAAUGUGAGCUAAUCAGCAAGUAUGAUCUGGAAAUGCCAACUGUUUUCCAGUUACAUAAUGUGUACAGUAACUAAAAUUGUUGUACUGUAAAAAAAAACCAGCACAUCUGA